AUUUUCAUCUCUGCUUGAACCAUCACGUGUGACUAAAACAGCAUGAUGUGAUUUUAUCCCAGGGACGUCCUGCCAUACUUUUUUCUAGUCUUUUUCUCUAGUCCUGUGAAUAAGUUAAUCUAGUCUCGUUGCAAUUUUUCUUUUUGAAUAGGUUCUAAAAUAUCAAAAAGAACAGAUACGGACAAAAUUGAACUCAAGUAUCAGAAUUUUUCAUUCGUUUAAGCAACGAUUUUCAUAUUGUAGAUUACAGGUUCAAUUUCUGAAAGAUUUCUUGAGAAAAUUUAUUUUAGUGAGGAAGAAAACUGCAUAUUUUCUACAAAAAGAAUUUUUGACGCAAUAUUUUAUAAGCUUGCUUUAUUAGAUUCAGAAUUAUUCUGACAUAUUACGUUACUAAAGAAAGAAACUAUCUAUACCGAAUGCAUUCAUUGCAUCUAAUGAGAUACAUGUAAAGACAAAGAAGUGAACUUGUGAAGUUUUUCUCAGAAAAAAAAAAAAAAAGGAAAAGUCAAUGGAGCCGUUUGGCAAAAACAACAGCCUGUGGUGCAUAAAAUUAGACCUUCUGUAUUUCAGAGAAACAAGGUACAAGCACGGUUAGAUAGGACCGACACAACUCCGACGCGUGGUCUCAAGACCAAAAAUUAUGCCUCGAGGUUUUCUAGUCAAGCGUUACAGUAAGACAUCACCACCAUUGUCAUCAUCAUCUACAAUUCCUGCUUCUCAACCCUGCUCAGCAUCACCAUCAUCCCUUCCUCAACCUUCAUCUGCCCAUUCGAGAGUGAGGAGAUACUCCGACGAAGAUAGAAGUGAUACGAGUUCAGACCACGAAUUUCUUGAUCCUUCGGAUGUCUUAAGGCAUCCUUUUUUCUGCCACCCUGGACCACCGCCUUUGAGAGCAACUGUCCCACAGAAAUCAUCAACUGCAGGUUCUGACGCAGAUUCACCUUCACCUCCCUUAGUUGGGUAUUCCAACGAUCUUUGUCAGGACGUUCCACUGGCACUGACGACAGAGAAAAUUAAUCAUUCUACCUCAAAUGGAAGAAUCACAAAUCACAUUUACCAUCCACUUCGCAAUUCCGUCCUUUAUUUACAACGUCGCGACGGCAGUUAUCCACCAUCAACUCCUCCUCCUUUGAAAUCCAAACUAACGGUCACGCAUUCUCAUUCUGCACCUGCAUCAACGAUUACCUCCAGUCAACAGCAACUGACGCCUCCAAAAGUCAAUUCUUGUCAGCCUCCCAAGAAACGACCAGCAGACAACAGUACUGUGGAGGCCAAGUGCAAGGCGGCCAAGAGAGCUAAAGUCGUAAGAAAGCUUAAUUUUGACGAGGACAAAAGUUCUCCAGUUUCAGGAACAUUUAUUAGAGACAUAGACGACGACGAAGUUAUGCUUGCAGCUUCUCAUCCGUCGGCCGUCAAGAGAGGGGAUAUUGAUCCCAGCCUCAAUGUUGUAGUAGUCACAGAAGAAGCCAGAGCGGAACUAGCCAAGAUUGAAAACAAAAUCGGAGAUUAUGUCUGCCAGCUCUGCAAAGAACAUUAUGAUGAUGCCUUUGGGCUGGCACAACAUCGUUGUUCACGAAUCGUGCACGUAGAAUAUCGCUGCCCUGAAUGCGACAAGGUUUUUAAUUGCCCAGCGAAUCUGGCGUCCCACCGAAGGUGGCACAAACCCCGGCCUCCAGCUGGAAUGAAAAAUUCUGCUUCGUCCAAUCCACCUAAGUUGAUACCCAACAAUGCUAAGAAUAUAAACAAAAGUGAUAUUAAAGGAUCAUCGAAUGAUGGAAUCAGCAGUAUUGGAAACAAAACCCGUGAUAGUUUCACUACAGACCCUAGUGAUACAGAGAGUGUCAGAAACACGCCUUCCCCUGAAAUAUCUUCGAACAACAAGUUCUCCACAUCCAGCGAAGAGAAAGACUUUGAAUGUCAUUUGUGCAGCAAGAAGUUUAGUCAAUACUUUCACUUCAGAAAGCAUUUAUUGUCUCAUCUUACCACAAAUGCCAAUGGCCAGUUAGAAAAUGAAGUCAUCCAAACUGUAUUUUCGAAGAAUAUUUCGGAAAAGCGCACGGCACUUGCUCGUCUCAACGUCACUCCACCGCCUGAAAAUGAAAAAGUGGAGAAGGCUGGCUUUACUUGCACGAUAUGCGGGUUGCUUUUCCAAACAAAAACGGAAAUGGAACAGCAUACGUUCAAACAUGACGAACUCAAAGGAAUUCAGUGCAAAUAUUGCCCGAGUAUUUUUUACAGUUCUGCGGGACUGACUCGACAUAUCAAUAAACAUCAUCCCAGUGAAAACCGUCAAGUUCUUCUCCUACAGGUACCUACUGUCCGUCCGCUUUCCACGUAAAGUUUUGGAAGCUUCAUUUGCAAUGUUCCCCUGUUCUGAUGAUAUUACCAAGUGAGAUAUGGAAGUAUAAACUUUAGUCAUUUUCAAAAAAUUAUAAGUGAAUAUUCUAGUCUUUUUUGAUUUCCUGUAUUGUUAAUAUUUAUAAAUUUUUAUUCUUAAUAUGUGACUAACUACUAUCAGACCCGAAUGUGCAGUAUGUAAAGCAAGGAAAAAUUAAUAGUGUCAUUUUUUUCGACAGCUUGUAAUUAAUAAUACUGUCAUUUUCUCAAGAGAUUAUAACGGAUUAAUAUGAAUACAUUAGCUUAUAUAACUAUAAUUAUUUAAUUAAACAUGAUCUCGAACUUUUUCACGGGCAAGAAAUUUUUUUAUUUGGCUUUUGACAUGAAAUCAAAAUCGGAAUAUGAAAUAUCAAAUUAUAUUUAAAUUGGAUAAAUUUUAAGUCAUACCCUCGCUAACGACUUUUUGUUCCAUUAAUAUUAAUUUUAAUAAUGAUUACAUCAAAGAGAUCUUUGUUACAGAAAAAAGAUACAGAUUUGUUACAGAUUUUGUUAUAAAAAUGCUUUGAAUAUAAGAUUAUAUAGGCUUCGAUAAUGCGUUUACAUAAUGCAACUUGCAAGUGAACAGCACCGCUAAGUGAUUAUUUCAUAUAGCAUACAUUAAAAAUAUAAUUUCUCUUAAAAUUUAAAUAGUAAUUAAAUAGUUAAAUUGUUUAAAAUUGAAUACUUAUUAUGUCACCUCUUAUUUAAAAAUGCUACAGUAAUACAUCAUAACUUAUAAAAGGAUUCUGCCCCAAUGCUUUCAAAUAUUUCAGAAGUAUUAUAUUGACUUUCAUCUUUUAUUUACUUUAAAAUAAAUUAGUAAUAAUAUUUUCUUUUUAAUUCAUUUUUGAAUUAAAAUUGUAUAAAAUAAUUUUUUGCUAAGAUAUUAAAGGGCUGAUAGUAGAGUUACACUUAUAUUGCUGUGCAUAUUUAGUAUUAUGAUUUCCAUUCAUUACUAGUCAUGAUUGCAUUUUGUAAUUCAUGUAAAUAUUUCUCCUUGCAUAGCGUAGCUCAGCAGCGUCAAAAUAUUUACUAUUCACUUCAUUGAAAUUAAUGGGAAAUCUUACUUUUGAUAUUUAUAUUUAAAUAAAAUGUUUUUGGUUUAAUAAUUUUUCCGAAGACAACUUUCAAACUGUACCAGCCUCUCAUUUUAUAUUUACUAAAAGCUACUGGAAAGAAAUACAAAUUAUAACAGUA